UCGAAUUUUUGACCUGGGUAACCGCAAGGCCCUGGUAAGGCUAAAAUGGGCAUAUAAAGCCGCGCGUACCGAAAGUGACUAUGGUUCAUUAUUUUUUACUUCGCAUGGAAAGCGAACGUUAGCCCAAAGAAGAAUGGAUAUUCCAGGCGCGGUUCUGUUUGUAUGUUUCCUUGCAGUCGAGUUUGGCCUCUCGCUACAGAGCGACUAUGAUGGCUAUGAGGACUACGCAGACAUUUCACAGCAGGAAAAGGAACGUCCGAAGGACAGCCCAAAUAAAUCAAAACAGAGUCCACUGAUAGGGGUCCUCACGCAAUCAUUGAUGUCCAACAGAUCUAGCGACAGUCUGUUUGUUGACGUAGGUUUGCGGCAAGACUAUCUUCUCCAGCGGUGUGGCGGGACUUCGUUAAAGUACUCAUUUCCGGAUGUUGACUACGCCUUUCUCGGAUACGAUCUUAUGAAGGGAUACCCACAUGCCAUUGGGAGCGAUCCGGGAUUCACCUUUCCGAUUUUCAGAGCGGAUUAUUCCGAGCACCGGCACACAGGUGACUGUCGAUUUUCCGUACCUCGUGGACUCGUUCUUAUACCAGAUGUCUCGUGCGUCGUCUCGUUUUCGUCAUCAGUUGUUAAAUCUGCCAGAGAGUUCGAACAAUCGCUAUCAGUUUCUGCAAGUGUAAGUGCCGGGGGGUGGGGAGUGCAGUUUUCGGCAAGUGCAGGAUACCAGAAAGCUUCGUCAGAAAUUUCAAAGAAUGAGUAUGUCUACAUUAUAUCCAAAGCAACAUGCAAUUACUAUAAAAGCAAACUCCAGGACGGAAAAACGCCACCAUUUGAUCCCACAUUUCUACAUUGGAUACACAAGCUUAAUAACUCGGACUCUGUAGGUGAUUACUUGGAUUUCUUUACCAAAUACGGUACACAUUAUCCAAAGGAAAUGACUUUCGGAGCAAGAUUCAUGAAGGAGCACAGAAUGCAAUCCAACGAGUACGAGACAAAGCAAAGUCAGGGAAUAAAUGUUGCGGUUCAGGCAAGCUACAACGGCCUAUUUAGCGCGGGUGGUGGUUUUAAUUUGGACUCCAGCCAAAGGCAACAAGCGUCCGCCUUCUCGAAAUCUGUAGAGACGACUACUAUCACAAUAGGUGCCGCUCCUCCGGCUGACGGUGAGGCCAACACGUGGGCAGCCACCGUCCAGUCCAACCCUGUGCCUUCGUCAUACACGCUUGACACUAUAGAGAAUGUAUUUUCCGAGGAAUACAUGGGACAUCUCGAUGUUGACUACCAAAGAAUACGAGCAAGUAUGGCCCAAAACAAAUUUGUCUAUUGGGGAAUGCUUCAAAGAGCUAUAGGUUCCGAUGACUUCUCCUUUGACACCGGGGAAGGUGUUGUUAUUCCGAAUUGGUACACGGAGGGAGACUAUCGAGAUGAGCGAAUUACCUUUACAGACUGCGUCAAUACAUGUCAGCAGCUUGGUUCUAAACAAUGUGAUGGGAUCAGUUUUUGCAAAAACUGCAUCGACAGGGCGUGGUCUAUUUGCACCAUUUUUCGAAAAUCUCGAAAUCAGGAUGCUUUCAAGUUUGACGAGCGAUGGCAGACGAUUGUCUACAAUGGGAAAUUAACGUUGAGAGACAUGACGGUCGCCGACACAACGGGUAAUGCUUUAGACACGAAGAUGUCUUAUGUCGGAUCAGAUAGCUCGGCCUACGGAAAAGCUGUGAACGAAUGCGAUGAAGGGCGGAAAGCAUUUUCAAACGCCAAGUCGUACAGCUACGGGAUGGUGUUCAACACACAGUUCCUACUCUGCAAAAUCUACGGUGAUACGAAAACAUUGAGCUUGGCAAAAAGGAAAGGGUUUACCACUUACAUUCAAGCUUAAAAAGCCAUGCUAGGGUUACACAACAUAGUAGAAAGUAAAAAAACAACAACAACAAUACCGACGAGAGAUGCGACAACACAACAUUACGGUUUUGUCUCAUUGUAACCGAAAACAUUUGGCAAGAAAGAUUACCGACCAUCAAUCUUCAUAUUCUUGUUUAUUAUUGUACGACUAUAUGCAGUUAAAACAUUUUAUUAUAUACGCAAAAUAAAUCUGAAAACGAUACAUAUUGCAAAAUAUGGUAGCCGUAUUCCCUUCCAGUGAUAAACGAAACAAAAAAGAAUGAAUUUUAUCUGAAAGAGGUGCAUAGACAUACACAACAAUUGGAUCAUAUGCACUCGAAACAUCAUUUACGGCGUGCUCUUGGAGAGAAAGCGUUAGGUAUAAUGCAUUCACCAGUAAUGUAAAUAGAUGUCUCGUGACUACAUUAGAACCGCGUACUGUUCUUUAAUAACCGAGGCAAAGUCGGUGAUUCUUUUUUCAGUGAAAACAAUUUGUUUUUGUUGAUAAAUUAUUAUCAAUAUUGUUCAUUUUGGUGAAAAUAUUUAACUUUACUUUCCCACUAAAAUGUAUUUGCAAAUAGGAACAAUAAAUUAGCCAUUUAAAAUUCACAUAUCCAUGUAUCCAGUAAAAUUUCAACUAGAUAAGUGUAAUUUUGUGAGAACUUGAUUCACUCUCGUUGUAAAAUUAUUUUACACAAAAUGAAAAUUAAAAACAAGAGUUCAAUCUGACACUGAUAGAAUCGUGUUUACAGAAGAGGAAUUUGUUAAAAAGUUAAUUGUAUUUUAUUCCAAUUUGUUCGUCAUUGUCUGUCAAGCAUACACCAAAAUUAAUGGUAACCUGCAUUUAGCUUGAUUCAUUAUGUAAACGUUAACAAUUACUAAGGAGUUAAUAAGUUCAUACAUGUUAAAGAUCUAACAAACUAAAACCAAAUCUUUCUAAUAUUCUUUAUUAUAUGAAUAUGGUGAUUAUCAGAAGUACAUAGAUUAUGUUCUUUUGGUAGAAAAUAUUAUACUUGUGCAUAUGUUUAGUUCAUGUUGUCGCUCAAAUUCUUGAAGUUCUAUGACCUAUUAUAUUAUUCUAUAUAUAUACCACCUUACACUAAAAUUAACACAUUUUCUGAUCCUUUUAUGCCUUUUCGGAGUUUUAUAAGUAUUUAAUUUAUUUUUUCAAUAACCCCCUUUUUGAAUAGAGUGUUAUUUACGCCGCUUCCCGUGGGACGCCUCUCACGCAAAAUUACAGCUGAUGACGUAUCUGUCAAUUUUCUAUUUCCGGUUUGAUGAGAAAAAGUUAUCUGAUAUUCUUUUUUAAGUUUAUUAUUCUCUCGCUUUUAAGUACAACAAAUUAUGAACAUUAACCAUGAAGUUUUAUGGAUGCAUCUAUGUUCCAAAAAAUAACGAAUGCACUUUAAUAUCAAACAGGGCAUACAUACAUAACCAAAUUACUAAGCCGCCAUUUAUUGAAAACAAAUUUGACAGGUCGACCGUGUUAGCAAAACAAUAGCGGAUAAUCAUUUUCUUAGUUUUAGAGGGUGUUUCAUGAUUCAUGUGUAUUCAGUCAUCUCACUGUCAGGGACCUGCCUGUGGAUAUUUUCACUGUUGUUAUUUCAAUGAUAAAACUCCAUAUUUCAUCGAAAAGCAUGAAAUAUGUUUUUUUAUUCUUGUAUGCUCUGAGGCAGUGUCCCUUUCAUCUUAAAAUGGUAACUAUGGAAUGUGCAACAUAUAUGAAUGCCGAAUGUAAAAUAACAGAGGGAAAUGAAAACACUUUAAAUUCGAAUCUCCUUUAAUAACUUAUUAGAUUCAAAUCCCAUAUAAACUUCUUGAUUAAAUAUAAUUUUAACCCUAAUAUAGUUUUUGUUGUCAAAAACUUACUUAUUUAACAAAGCUUCUUCCAUCGGAUAAACCGACGUGCAUGAAAUAUCGUAUCAAAGGAGUUCAUUUGUGUAAAUUAUAACAAUAUAUCUUUUAUAAUGCGUUGACUGUAAUAAAGGGAUAUUAUUCUA